GGGCGGGCGGCGCAGGAGGCGAGCGGCGGAACAUGUAAGGACACAUCCCGCGAGCUGCCGCCCAGCGCGCAGACAGAGCCCAGGGGAGCGAGCGAGCGAGCGGACCGGCGGGCGGUGGGGCUUACGGACCCGGGAGGCUCAGCGCACUGGCCAGCGGCGCGGCGGGACCGCUCGGUGCGGAGGAACCCAAGCUGGUUGCAGCGAGCGGCAGGCGGGGGCAACAGCACGCACUGCCGGCGCGGUCGUGUCCGAGGACCGCGGUGCGGACUCAGGUGGUCAGGGCGCACUGCCAGCCGGCCCCGGGGCCAGAAUCCGGCGCUGCAGAGCCGGGAGGGGCGCCGCGCCCGCCGCAGCCUCUAGCGUUCUUGGAACCCCGGAGUGCCCAUGACGGCGGCGGCGACAGUGCUCAAGGAGGGCGUGCUGGAGAAGCGCAGCGGCGGGCUGCUGCAGCUGUGGAAGCGCAAGCGCUGCGUGCUCACCGAUCGCGGGCUGCAGCUCUUCGAGGCCAAGGGCACCGGUGGCCGGCCCAAGGAGCUCAGCUUCGCCCGCAUCAAGGCUGUGGAGUGCGUGGAGAGCACCGGGCGCCACAUCUACUUCACACUAGUGACCGAGGGUGGCGGUGAGAUCGACUUCCGCUGCCCCCUCGAAGACCCCGGCUGGAACGCGCAGAUCACCCUGGGCCUGGUCAAGUUCAAGAACCAGCAGGCCAUCCAGACAGUGCGGGCCCGGCAGAGUCUGGGGACUGGGACCCUGGUGUCCUAAACCACCAGGCAUACCGUUUUACCGUCAUGCUCCCCACCACCACGGUGCUCAGAGGUCAUGCCAGCUUCCUUGCCCCCGUUGGCUGGUGGGAGCCUGACUGUGCUUCAUGUGGUGAGGCAGGUGCCAUGGACUGUGGAGGAGGCAUUGGAGCUGAAGGAGUGGACAGAGCGAGGGGAAGAGGACAGAAGCCUCCCCCUGCCCCGGGGCUGAGGAUGAAGAUUCAGAUCCUGGAUGCCUGGACUGGCAGGAAAUGCCCAGCUCAGGGUCUUCUAGCCUCACAUGUGACGGCAGAGAGUUGGCAUCAAAGCCCUCCCCACUGUGAUCCGGCCUUUGGUUCUGCAGACUGCUGUUAGUCCCUGGCUUUGCUCCAGGCCCUGGGGAAGGCAGUCCCCCAUGGGGUGCUUGGCCAACUCCACAGGACUCAGGAGGCCAGCCUAGUGUCCAGAGAACAAACCAUCCUCGGACAGCCUCUGGACUCAUCUCAAGGAGGGGGAGCUGCUGGGCCUGAGGCCCAUUCCUGGGGGUCUCCUGCUGCUUAGGUCCUUUUGGGACCCCCACCCAUCCAGGCCCUCUCUUUGCACACUUCUUCCUCCACCUCUACCCAUCUUCACCCACUGUGGUGCUAGGCCUGGAGGUGGUGGGGGUGGGGUGGGGGUUUGGCCAUUACCAUUUCAUGCGUAUUUGGAAAUGAAGAUGUCCCACAAAGGGUAAUAACCA